UCAGAAAUAAAAUCGACAUAGAAAUUACUGAGGUAGGUUUAACUAAGUGGGAGGAGCUUCUUUUUAAAAGCGUGACUCUGGGGUCAUUUAACAGAGCUACAGAACAAUCGCCAUGCCUCUUGUAUUCCCUGUGUCAAUCUCCACAACUGAAAUGCACACAGGUGGAGAGCCCUUAAGAAUUAUAGAAAAUGGAUGUCCUGAAAUCAAGGGUCAAACACUUCUGGAUAAAAUUAACUACAUGAAAAGUGAAUUGGACGAUUACAGGAAACUGUUAAUGUGGGAACCGCGAGGACACUACGACAUGUAUGGAGCGCUGCUCGUGUCUUCGGAUAUAGAAAAGUGUGAUUUUGCUUCUAUCUUUAUUCAUAAUGAGGGAUACUCUACAAUGUGUGGACACGCUGUAAUCGCAUUAGGACGUUAUGUCAUAGAAAAGGGGCUCAUUAAAAACGUCACCGUUCCAGAAACUCAGAUAAACAUUCAAUGUCCUUGUGGACCAGUGACUGCUUACGUCACAUAUGACGGACAAAACACCGGCGCAGUAAGGUUCCAAAGUGUGCCGUGUUUUGUCUUCAAACCAGAUUUGACUGUGGAGGUCCCUGGUUAUGGUAAAAUAACUGUCGACAUUGUUUACGGAGGAGCUUUCUAUGCCAUUCUGUCGGCAGGACAGUAUGGUCUGGACGUCAGGAACUCGUCAGUGUCCGAGCUGAGGGCAGCGGCCGGAGCCACUACAGACAUUUUGAGAGCGCAACUGAUGCUGGAGCACCCAGAAACUGAUGGCGUGUCGUUUCUGUACGGUACGAUUCUAACGGACGGAAACGAUGGCAAUGCAGAUGAAAUAACAGACACUAUGUGUGUGUUUGCUGAAAGAGAGGUAGAUAGAUCUCCUUGUGGGUCAGGAACCUCUGCUAGAAUCGCUCUUCAAUACCAUAAGAAUAAAAUCAAGCUCAAUCAACCCAGAACCUUUCGUGGGCCCUCUGGUGAAAUAUUCAUUGCAAAAGUCGUCAAGGAGGUCAGCUGUGGAAAUCACCAGGCAGUGGUCACGGAGGUGAAGGGUCAAGGUUAUUUCUGUGGAAAUUCUACAUUUACACUGGAAGAAAAUGACACUGUAGGGAGGGGAUUUUUGUUAAAAUAAUCACUGUGUCUAGUUCUGAAUUUUUAAUAACCAUUAUAGUAUUAACAGAAGAGAACUGGGACAUAACGAGAGACACUGUACAUGUAUGUAUGUCUACAAGACGAAUGCCCUUCUAUUGGUAUACAUUGCAAAAUCAUUAAAUGUGACCCUAAAAUCUACGGAGAGUAAA